AUGAGUGCUAAGCUUUUCCUUACAUUGUGUUUGAUUGCCUUGUUGGCCUGUGUUGCCGGCAUGACUAUGGCUACUGAGGCUAAGGCUAAAAUUAGAGGUGUUAGAGCCACUAAAACCACAAGAGCUAAGAAGCCACCUACCGUUAUCAAGACUCUUAGUCAAAGAAACUCCACUAGAGUUGCUGCUCCAAAGAAGCCAAAGGCCGUUAGAUCUGUCAAGAGAACAACAAAGAGGGCAACCAAGAAGGCUUCCCCAAAGAAGACUGCUGUUAGAUCUGUAAAGAAGACUCCAAAGAAAACUGGUGUUAAGAAGGUUGCCAAGAAGUCCACCAAGACUACUGUAAGAUCUGUCAAGAAAACACCAAAGAAGUCCACCAAGAAGGGUGCUAAGAAGGCAAAGAAGACUGUUAGAUCUGCCAAGAAGGGUACUAAGAAGGCAAAGAAGACUGCUAAGAAGGUUAAGAAGGUCAAGAAGGGUGCCAAGAAGGGAUCUAAGAAGGCUAAGAAGGUUAAGAAGUCCACUAAGAAAGGUGCCAAGAAGGUCAAGAAGGGUACAAAGAAGGGUGCUAAGAAGGUAAAAAAGACUGCUAAGAAGGGUGCUAAGAAGGUUAAGAAGGUCAAGAAGGGAUCUAAGAAGGCCAAGAAGACUGAAACUGUUGUUACUCCAGUAGUUGCUUCAAACACCACUACUACAGCUUAA